UGCACUGCAUGCAUAUGCAAGAAUGAACUGCUCUGAAAUGUACGGGGAUUAAUCUUAUGAGUUCAAGGAUCCUCAAGAAAAGAAAUAUAGUUUAGUGUAUUCAGAGUAGGUGUUUAAAACUGUAAGGAUGGAAAGUUAUGGUAUUGCAAAUGAUAAUGGUGGCGUCAGUAAGGAAAAAAGAUCUGGAAGCUGGACACAAACUUUUAAAACAGAAUCGACUGAAAUCGACUUCAUAAACAAUUUUCCUGAACCUCCUUCUCUGCAGCAUAUUGCAGUAGUGUCGAUUGCAAUUGGGCUAUGGACGGCGCCUGACAUAAGGAAUGAAAUGACAUCUUCUUUCUUAUCUUCUUUCUCAAACUAUAGCGGAUAUACGGCUGAGUUGGAGAGAAGAAUAUUAAAAAAAUUGUCCAAUAGCUCUUUACCCUCAUCGCUGAAGACCGAAAUCUCAUACGUCAUUCGACCCAUUAAGUUGCAGUUGCAUAAAUUGUUUCGUAUUUACCGUAAGUGGACAAGAAAUCUCUGUGAGUAUUACAUGAAGCGUGGUACAAUUUAUUGGACAGUUGAGGGAACAGUUGAUACAGUGAAAUUACUUACGGAACUAUUCGAUCAUGGCAGCUUGAGAAAUUUAGAUAUUUGUGAUGUGUAUAGAACAGUCUGCUGUCACUUUUUAGGGGAAUAUGCUUCAAUUUUGUGGGAGAAAGUUCCAGAACAAUUUAGAAACAACCUUAGAAUGCACUGCGGUAAUUUGUCAAUAUAUUGGACAUGUGUCUUCGAGAAUAAUUUAGGGUGUUUACUAACUAGACUACUAGAUUUUGAAAACAUAUACGAUGAUAAGUUUAGUAUUGAUAUAAAUAUGAUUGCUUGCUCGAUUCAAAGUGGUAACAUAGUUGCCCUCAAGUAUUUCUGGAAGAAAUUGUCGGAGCAGGAGAAAAACGAUCAUUUGAGUAAGUGGCUUUUGCAAGCUACUCGAUAUCUACGUUUUCUAGAUCAAGACCCUUCCGACUCUCCGUUUUCCGUCAAUUUUUGUUAUUUAGAUGUUUUAUGUUUUUUAUUAUCUCAUGUCCAUCGUAAAACUCAAAUAACCGAAUUUUUUCGGAAUCUUUCUCACGUAAUAGUGCUUUUGUUCGACAGUUGGCCAUGUCAAAGAAUAUUUUUGUCCAUUUUUUUUAAGGUAUUGGAUGAUCUUCAAGAAGACAUUUAUUCACUUAUAAUGCUGCAAAUUAGUUCUAAGAUGAGUAAAAUGGGAAAUGAAAUGAAGAUUUUUAAAGAAAUAUGGAGUGCCAGUCCAUUAAGUCUGAGACAAUCCUUUCUGAAAAAUAAAUUUUUUUGCCGCGAAGUGUUAUUGCAGUUGCUGAAAUUAGAAAAUCUGAACAUGGCUGUUAGGAUAUUAAAUGAUGCUUCCAAAGAAGAGAUUAAACUAUUUAUCUGCUAUAUGUUUGGUCGGCCUGAAUUUCGUCAUGCUAUUUACCCAAGCAAUCUGAAUUUGCUUCAUGUGUUAUUAUCAAAAUCUACCUUGCCACCAGAAUGUUAUCCCCAUAAAAUCAACCUUACAGAGCAAAGAGAGCAAGAUAGACUGAUAAUAUCAUGGCUUAUUAGAUUUAGCGAUUGGCAUAUUUGUAUUGAAUGGAUAUGCGAUGGCAACAUCCAAGCAGCUGAGUCCUUCUUAAGAUGGGUUUAUCAAUCGGUGCGAAUCGAAACAUUUAAGAAAACAAUAUCAUCUCCACAUGUUAUCUAUUUGACAUUAAUAUUUUUAUCCAAUUAUGAGCGUGUGGACCAGUUUCUGAAUUGGUAUUUCCAGACGGGAGAGGAAAUUCAACAAUUUAAAGCAGACUUUUUACGAGUAAGUGGUAAUUACUUUUUCAAGCGAUUCAUAGACAUGCCAUUCAUUUUAUCAAAAAGAGAAGGCGAUGUGUUGCAAAAAUUUAUAAAAUAUAACUUGUCUUCUCUUGAAAACGUUGCAGAAUUUCGACUUAUUUGUCGUAGUUGCAUAGAGUAUGCACUGGGUAAAAGUUUUCUUGAAAGUGCCACCCUACUUUUGAAUGCAUCUUUCGAUAAUAUCAAUGAAGUAAAGCGAUACAAAAACGAACUGAUAUUAUCUGAGAAAGGAAUUAAAAGGGAUCUAAUCUUAAAGCAAUCACUAACUGAUGCUGACUGGAAUCAUGUGAAGGAAAUUGUCACGUGGUCGUCGCCUCUAUCCCUAAAUACAGUCACAGAAUUAAAGUCACUAAUUCUGGAGCAGAAGACUGGUCACUCUUUCCAAGAUGAAUUGAAUCCACAGAUAUUAGCUCUGCUUGAUUUACUGGAGAAUGUUGUUGUUUUUGCGAUCGAAAGCGAAUGCAUAUAAAAUCAUAUUCUCUGUCAUAUCACUAUCAAACCAUUAAUUGUCUCAUAAUAAAUAUGUAACUCCA